AUGGCACCGACCCUCGUCUCCUCCCCACCAACCCUCCGCAUAACCCCGGAACCUCUGACGCCGCAAUCCUUCGCCCCCUUCGGCACCGUCAUCACAACCCCUUUCCCACGCGACCUGCUGGGCGCACCCAACAACCUCCCUUCCCUAAAACUUCCUCACCGCGUCCCCGCCACACCCGUAUACGCAAACCAAGGCUCCGCCGUGAAGAUUAGUCCCAUCGCCCCGCUCGCCAAUGGCUACGAGAAUGCGUGCCCCAGCGGGAAAGCAGCGCAGGCGAGACUGAGCAUGUUUGCAUGUUUUCCGAGGAAAUUGAGGAGGGAGAAGCAGCAGGCUGCUGCUCAUCAUACUGCUACUGGGGUCAAUGAUAUUCUUCUGAAUGGAAAAAUCAAAAUCAAUAAAGGGCAACAAGAUGGUGAUGAUGAUGAUGAUGGUCGUGAUGCGGACGCGGAAUUUGAGGGUCCUGUGUUCGACGUGAGGAUUUUGGAGAGACAUCCCUUCACCACGCAGACGUUCAUCCCGCUUGAUCUCUCGAGUCAGAAACGUGUGUUGCGGGACCGUGUCCCCGAUAAGAAGAGCCAUGACUGGAAGGGGUAUGGAGAAGGUGAUGUGGGCAUCACACUCGACGGAUCCGCGGAACAAGACGAAGAGCAGGAAGAGCCUAUCUUCUUAGUCAUUGUCGCGCCGACACUCAAGGGCCAGUCUGCCGCGGCUACUACUUCACCCUCUAAUAAGAAUAUUAAUUCUGUAUCCUCUGAUCCUACCACCAACAUCAUGUCGACGAUUGGUACACUCUCCGACGGCUCCGUGAAUGAAGGAUCGUCCAACUCGAACCGCGUGUUGAUCCGUGAUCCGCCCGAUCUCGAGAAUCUGAGAGCCUUUAUUGCGCGUGGUGGACAGGCGGUCACUUAUGGUCCGGGCACCUGGCAUGCUCCUAUGGUUGUGUUGGGUCCACGACGGGUCGAUUUUGUGGUGGUGCAGUAUGUGAAUGGUGUUAAUGAUGAGGAUUGUCAGGAGGCCGCCUUCAAGGAUGGCAUUGUGGUUGAUUUGAAGUCGCUGACUGAGGAGGAAGAUGAGCUUUGGGAUGAUUUGAAGAAGUUGUCUAAACUUUAA